CCUUCACCGGUCGGUUUUGUGAAGUGAAUGUCGAUGACUGUGAGGGGCACCAAUGUCAGAACGGUGGCACCUGUGUGGACCGGGUCAGCAGCUACGAUUGUAAAUGUCCCUCCACCUGGACUGGCCGGUACUGCACCGAGGACGUGGAUGAGUGCCAGCUGCAGCCUAACCUGUGCCAGAACGGGGGCACAUGCACCAACGUGGACGGUGGCUACGGCUGCAUCUGCGUCAACGGCUGGUCCGGCCAGGACUGCGGCGAGAACAUCAACGACUGCACCGAGACCUCCUGUGCGCACGGUGCCACCUGCCAUGACAAGGUGGCAAACUUUGUGUGCGAGUGCCCGCCAGGUAAAAAAGGCCUGUUCUGCCAACUGGACGAUCCGUGUAUCAAUAACCCGUGCCACGCGAAUGCGGUCUGCGAGAUGAACCCCCUGACAGGGGAGGCCAUGUGCGAGUGCCCGCUUGGAUUCACGGGGCAGUCAUGCAAGCACGACAUUAACGAGUGCUCGAUGGAUGCUAAUCCCUGUGAACUGAAUGGGCACUGCGUGAACACAGUGGGCUCCUUCGAGUGCCACUGCCUGGCAGGAUACACGGGCGCCCGAUGCGAGCUGGACAUCAACGAGUGCCGGUCGAAUCCGUGCCGGAAUGAAGCCACGUGCCUGGACCAGAUCGGCGGGUUCAAGUGCAUCUGCAUGGCAG